GAAAUAGAGAACCUCGUCCAAAAAUGCUGACAGCUACAUGCAACUCUCCUCCAGCAAACAAUGUCAAUAAUACACCAAAGUUCCUCAUCGACAGAUCCUCAUUCACCUUCCCAUUGAAGAAACCCUCAUCAAUGGCUUUCUCUCAGAAAAAGGAAACCCAAAAUGGCAGUGUGAAUGACUACAAGAAAGGCAUUAAGCAUCUCCUCGACACUGCACCGGAGAUCAACAAACUGCCAUCUGAGUUUGUACUGCCAUUAGAUACGAGUCCAUUGUCCGCCACCCGUACAGACAUCCCUGUAAUUGACUUGAGUGGACUUUGCGGACCUCCCGACACAAGAAUUUCCACUGUCAAGGCCAUCAGUGAUGCUUGCGCUCUCUGGGGAUUCUUUAGGAUUGUGAAUCAUGGGGUUGAGAAGUCGCUGAUGGAAGAAAUGGUAAAAGUUGCAGAAGAGUUCUUUGAUCUGAAUUUAGCAGAGAAAAUGAAAUAUGCUUCGGAUGAUGUGAUGAGCCCCAUGAGAUAUGGGACAAGUUUGAACACAUCAAAGAGUCAUGCGCUUCACUGGAGGGACUACUUCAGGCACUAUGGUUAUCCUUUCGAAGAUAACUUGGACCUCUGGCCUGUCAACCCACCUACAUACAGAAAUGUGGCUAGGGAGUAUUUGGAGCAGGUCUGGAAAUUGGCAAUGAAGUUAGCAAGUGCAAUAUCAGAAGGUUUAGGACUUGAUGAUGGGUACGUAGAGAAGUUUGUGGGCGAGGGUUUUCAGAUUCUUGCAGCUAAUUACUACCCACCAUGCCCUGAGCCAGACAAGACAUUGGGAUUGGCUGCUCACUCUGACCAUGGUGCACUCACAAUUUUGAUGGAAAAUGGUGUUGAAGGCUUGCAAGUCAACCACAAUGGCACCUGGAUUGCUCUUCAACAUGUUCCUGGCACUUUUAUUGUAAACCUUGGAGAUUGUUUGGAGAUAUUAAGCAAUGGGAAGUACAAAAGCGCGGAGCAUCGAGCAACAGUGAAUGCCCAAAAGACAAGAAUCUCAAUAGCUGUGGGACAUGGACCUGCUUUAUCAAGUACGAUUGCGCCCGCGACACCACUGCUUGAUCAAACACAAGGAGCGCACUUCCAGCCCAUUGUGUAUAAGGACUAUAUAAAGCUACAACAGAGCAGCACCAUACGAGGGAAAAGUGCAUUGCUGGCUGUAAGGAAAAACGAGUGAGUCCAACACCGUAAUUAUGUAAUUAUUAUGUACAAAAAGAAGGCCAUAAGACCUUCAUGAGUACGACUUUUAAUUGUUUGGGUCGGUGUGGAUGUUGCAUUUUCUUAUACUAGAACGUAUCACGUGCGUUGCACGUAGAGAAAUAUAUGUUUGGAGAUGAAUAUAUCAUUUAUUAGAUAAAAAAAA